AGUGGCUGGCCAGUUGUGGUGUGUGUUGGUGUGACAGUCGGACGCAGACUCUCAGGACCACAUGACACACCACCAGUGUUAUUUAUCGGUUUGUGGAGAAGUGAUCCUCUCCCCGCGCCCCCCACCACACCUCAACUACAGUGACAAUUAAACCCUCGUCUACAGUGACUUAACCUAACCAGCGGUACUACAGUGUCGAUAUAAUAGUUCAUACACUUUACCUCAUCUGCCAGUGAAUGUCUCCCUGGCUGAGGCACUUGUCCACUUCUUCCUCCUGGCAAGUGUUGUUGAUCUGCUGUUGUUUGUGAUAUACUAUACAUGAACUUGGCUUCAGCUAAAGACGAAACUCUGAAAAUGUAAACAGUGAUCAGAACACACCUGCAGUGAUCAGAACACACCUGCAGUGAUCAGAACACACCUGCUGUGAUCAGAACACACCUGCUGUGAUCAGAACACACCUGCUGUGAUCCAAACACACCUUCAGUGAUCAGAACACACCUGCAGUGAUCCGAACACACCUGCUGUGAUCCGAACAUACCUGCAGUGAUCCGAACACACCUGCAGUGAUCCGAACACACCUGCAGUGAUCAGAACACACCUGCAGUAAUCCUAACACACCUGCAGUGAUCGGAACACACGUGCAGAGGAACGCUUCAUGAGUGAGAGUGAUGGACGUAAGUGAGAUGUUAAAUAGGUGUUGCCCAAGAGGAGUCAGGAGUGAAGGACCUCAGUAGUGUGAGGGAGAGUAGUGAGGGAGAGUUGGUGAGGGAGAGUAGUGAGGGAGAGUAGUGAGGGAGGGAUGUGAGUCCUCUCUCAGUUGACAACAACACCACCAGCGCCUCCAGGAAGGUAAUGGGUCGGGGAUGUCGUUGCCAGACUCCUCGUCCUGCCACCACUGCCACAUCCACGCCCCCAUCCCCGCCAGGGACCUCAAGCGGACACAUCCCCUCAGGACAAACUUCGUUGAAAAAGUCGAAGAUGUUCCCGCGACACAGAACAACGUGCCGCCUAAAAGCAGCUUCAAGAAGAACGUGUCCUUCCUCUACAGGAAGAUAAACAAGAGGGGCAAUAAAAAUAUAGCAAAAGGAAGUCAGACUAAUGUGUCCAUCCCAAUACCUCCUCCUCCUCCUCCCUCAGCAGUGGUCGAUGGCCGCCCUGCGGUAGUUGUUGACUCUCUGCCCUUAACAGUCAGACAGGGUCAAAGGUCAGUAGUACCUCUCACAAGAAGACAGCGGCGUCGAGGCCGAGGCCUGGCAGGACUGCAGGCAGUUUUGCUUGUCGGUGCCUACGCCCUACUGUUAGUGCUGGCCGUGGUGAUCGGCGUCGUCCUCAGCCAGGGUUCUCCCCUUCGGCAGCGUCGGGUUCAAAACUUUGCACAACCACGCCGUCCCGUCUUCAAUGAUGCCUCUCUUGCUCCAGUCAGGGCGAGCCGCCCUCGCUUCGCUGAUUCCCCCAGGGGAGGUGGACGCUUUCCUCAGCCGAUUCCCGCUCCUCGUGCAUCUGUCGCACCUCGUCCACCACCAACCACCACCGCAGCGCCGGACUACGAUUUUGAUUAUUACGACAACACCCAAGACGUGGUGCUCCUCCCUAACCCCGUAACCGCGCCUCGCCCUUCCUUUGCUCCACAACCUUCAUCGUUCAGACCAGCACAGGCAACCAGCGACCCGAGGCGUCCUUCAUCACAGGCUCCCCGCAGGACCACUGUGCCGCUGGCUAACAUCGACACUGACUUCAGCCUUCGUGAUGAACAACCAAUUCGCGGCCGUAAGGAGCCUGCGGUAAAGAUCCUGAGGUCUUGGUCUCACCAGAACGCCGACGGCACGUUCUCCUGGGGCUACGAGAACGACGACGGCUCCUACAAGAACGAAACCCGCGGCCUGGACUGUGUGGUGCGCGGCGUGUACGGCUACAUCGAUAAGGAGACUGGCGAGACUCUCUCCUUCCCCUACGAGUCCGGCAACCCUUGUGACCCUGACGCCCCCUCCGACUAUUUCUACGACUACGACGCCAACACCAUGCAGGGCUUUGCUCAGACUCAGGUCCCGAGUCAACCUAGAGCUAACCCUAGACCCCAACAACCACGCCAGGGUUGACCGCCGUCACCGCCCCUUACAGGAAGCAUGACGGCCUCCCCUUCCUCUUACUUUUAGCCUAAGAUAACUCUCUACUGGUGCGGGUCACAGCUCCAGGGUGUGGUAGAGGCUCUUCUCACUACACCUGUCCUGCACUGUCCUGUCAACUGUUGAUGGAUAUAUUACCUGUAUAUUUAUCGUCCGUUAUACCUUCACAAUAAAGUGUAAUUGUAUA